AUGAAGUUUAUUGACGAACUUGACAUAGAAAGAGUCAACCAAACUCUGAACUUCGAAACUAGUGACUGUAAAAUCACGGGAAGUUGUGAUAUAUUCACAACAAAACCAGUAGCAUCUGACAAAAAGUUGUACAAAACUAUUGACCACCAUUUGGAAACUAUUCUACAGGAAAACGAAAGUUAUAAGGCUGCUCUCCAACAGCAAAAGAUAUCAAAUGAAGGUAGUGAUGUUUUGGGUUCACCUGCCUCCGAAAGUUCCGACCAUAAUCGUAGAGAUAGCGUUUCAUUUUGGGAGCAGAAAAGGAGGAUGUCCAUAACGGAGCCUUUCAAUUCAAACGCUAACAACAACAGUUUUAAUAAUCUUAAUGGUCAAUACUUCAAAAGUUCCAAAUUAAAUGAACAAAAUUUGAAAGAACUAGUCAUGAGCUCUGAUUCAGGGCACAUGAGCCCCUCUUCAGUAGAGUCGCUUCCACAUGAUCGCAAAAUGAGCAGAACUAGUAGUUCAAGUACAAUUAAAAGCAAUAAACAAAAAUCUCAUUCAUUAUCCCAAGCCAGGAGACCGUCCUUAAAUGACUCUAACUUGAAAAUUAACAUAGGUCCUUUCGGUCCGAUUAAUGAACCUGCUAGUAGAAGGACUUUUGCAUAUCUUAUUGCAAUAUUAAACGCAUCUUAUCCUGAUCAUGACUUUUCACUUUUGGAGCCGAAUGACUUUACAAGAAGUUCUUUGAAAUCUUUCAUUUCGAAGUUCGAGAAUUCAUUGUAUAGCUUGGGCAAGCAACCGGAAGAAGUAGUUUGGGAUGUAAUAAACUCGCAUAUGACUUUAGCUGACUGUAAGGUAUAUCUCUAUAAUCCAGCAAAAUCAUUUUUGGAAGACGAACCCGGCUAUCUUUGGAGUAUAAUGGGAUUUUUAUUCAACAAGAAAAGGAAAAGGGUAGCAUUUAUUUACCUCAUUUGCUCGAGGCUGAAAAAUACUAUGUCAAAUGGAAUCAGUGUAGAUUUUGAAAACUAUGAUUUUAGUGCUAAUCCUAAGAGAAAAUUAGUUAUCGAUUAUGAUGACCCACUUGAAAAUGAGUAUGAUCUUACAAACGAUGAAAAUGCAAUAGUUGAUGAAUCAGAUGAUGAAUUUCUCAUCAACUGA